UGACAGGGACUAGAAGUUAUAAUCUGCAAAGAUCAUCAAAUACAUUGUACUAAGAAAGUUCUAAGUCCUAAUCAACAAAUGUAAUCAUACAAUAAAGUGCAAUAGAUUUGUAUAUAUAUAAACCAGUAACACGGCAAACCCACCACAAAAAGAUCCUCCAUCAACAGAGAUGUCCAGACUUCAGAUUUUGACAACGUUUCUGCUGGCCUUCUCUUUGGCAGGGGCUGAAAGAGUUGCUCGCUCACAUAUCAGUUGUGUCAACUGUAACAAUGGAACAUGUGUCCCAAUUGCUGACACCUACCGCUGCCUAUGUCCCACGGAAUCUGUCGGAGACUAUUGUCAGUACACGGCCUGUAACCUGGACAAUUUCUGCAUGAACAGCGGGACGUGCCAGGGCGGACGGUGCGUGUGUCCAGAUCCUUACAACGGCGAUAAAUGUGAAUAUAAAAUCUAUCGUAAGAAUUGGGAUAAUGACAUCGAAAACGACUUCGCUGUGGAAGGAAACAUCAGCAUUCAAAUGGAAGGACAAGAAAACACUCCUCAUAAUGGACAAAUCGUCAAAGGAGAAACAUUUAAGCUCAGUCUAUACGGCAUUAGCCUAGCAUAUGGUAGAUUUGAAUACUGCCUGAGGUUUCUUUACAAAGUCGCAGAUUCAAGGGGCAUACUUGAAGUAGCACAGAGACGGAAGGAAAUUCUUCCCCCUCAAAUGAGAGUGGAAGCUAACAGCAGCUACUUCAAAAUGGAUGGUCAGUGGCAUGAAAUGACACUGACCCUUCACGGCUGGUCCUGGUCGGACUUGGUGAUAUCUGGAGAUGCAAGAAACACAGCUUACAUUGCUCUGGACCAAGUCAAGGUCAUGAGAACGGACUGUCCCAAUAUUGGAAUCUGAAUUUGGUAGACUGAGAUCUAGAAUAUUUGUUCAAUUGUCGCCAAUUAUUUUGAAUAAAGAUAAU